GUCAUGCGUGUAAACAGCUCGCAUCACAAUGACAUCAGAUACACCGUGCAUGUGACACGAGGUGUCUUGAAUCUAAUCGGUGUGUGGCCGUCACAAGUCAAUCCGUCCAAUCUUAGGCUCGUUUGGACGAGAUUGCUCAGAGUGCUGUGCCAGGCUCUGCUCUAUUUCAUUUUUAUUCCGGGAAUGUUGAAAAUAUUCCUCAAAGAGUCGAACGCCCGUCGUCGACUCAAAAUGAUCGGGCCCAUGUGCAACUGUCUAAUGGCCGUGUUGAAGCACAUGCUGCUGAUCUGUCAAAACAACAAGAUUAAGGACUGCAUUAAGCAUAUCGAAGAAGACUGGGCUCAGGUGAGCCAGACGGAGGAUCGCAGGAUCAUGAUGGGAAAUUCGAAAAUCGGUCGGAGCUUGGCAAUCUUAUGUGUGGCCUUCGUAUAUGGCAGCGGGUUUUCGUAUCGCACUAUCGUCCCGAUAACACGCGGCGUCGUCGUCACGCCGCAGAACGUGACGAUCAAGCCAUUAGGAUUCGCCGGAUACUACGUGUUCAUUGAUCCACAGAAGACGCCGGCUUACGAGAUCAUAUUUACCAUUCAGUUCCUUUCUGGUUUCGUGCAGUACUCAGUGACUAGCGGAGCCUGCAGUCUGGCGGCUUUACUGGUACUGCAUGCUUGCGGCCAAUUCAAGAUUCUCAUCGCUAAGAUGGAGAAUCUCACGCGAAUGAAUCAAUUCUCCAAUGUAGACGUCAACAGGAAAUUGGCAGCUGUUGUGAAACAACACAUAAGGAUUAAGAGCUUCUUAGACAAAGUAGAAGAUAUUUUGCAGUAUAUGUGUCUGGUAGAAGUAAUUGGAUGCACGUUCAUAUUGUGUCUUCUUGGAUACUACAUAAUAAUAGAAUGGGAAAAUAACGACGCAGUGUCUAUGCUAACGUAUACUAUACUUCUCCUAACAUUUAUUUUUAAUAUUUUCAUACUGUGCUUCAUCGGUGAACUUCUCACUGAUCAGAGCAUGAAGAUGUACAUCACUUCUUGUACUCUUAGUUGGUAUCGCAUUCCUUACAAAACUGCUCGCAGUCUCGUUCUAGUGGUCGCAAUAUCUAGCAUACCUACUAAAAUCACCGCGGAAAAAUUUAUGGAUCUGUCUCUCAAUAGCUUCGGUAUUAUUAUGCGAACAUCGUUCGCAUAUUUGAAUAUAUUACGGACAACUAGCAUUUAAGGCUGUAGUUCCUUAGACAAAAUAAAUAAACUUUAUUCGUAGGAUAUCUAGACUGAAGGUCUAGAUGCAAAUAGCGCUGUUUAAAUAAUAAAUCAAUGUAUAAAUAAGUAUAAAAAUUUGCAAAUUAUUUUGUUAUUCUGUUUUUAUAUUAGAAAA